AUUCUCAAACUUAUAUUUCUGUUUACAGAGUUCUUAGAUACGAGGAAGCACACGAACUUAAGAAGAGGAUAGAAGAACUCGAAAAUGAGAUAACAAGGAAAGAAAAAAAUUACGAAGAAUAUAAACUGCAAGUCAAGAUACACGAAGAGGCACGAGAUAAACUUCGUGUUGAACUUAAUGAUGCUAACCAAAAAGUAAAGGAGUCUGAUAAUUUGUCGAGUCUUGCUCGUAAAGAAUUGAAUGAAUUACAAGCACGGCUCAGCGAUGAGACCUUAGAACGGGUUUCAUUGUCAAAGCAGUAUGAUGAAUUAAGAGAGCAGUUUGCAGCUAGUGAAAAGGAAAAGCUAGAGCUCCAGUUGAAAGUCAGUGCAAGCGAAGAUCUAAUUUUUAAAUCGGACACUAUGAAGGAGACACUGCAGCAUGAUCUUUUCGAGGUCAAAGAUAUGUUGAAUGAAUCAGAACAGAGCAAGAUUAAGCUUGAAAAAGAGCUGGGAGAAUACGAGAAGCAAGUGAAGAACCUGACAGCAGAAGCUAAUCAACAGCGGAAGAACAACUUAAUGGUAAAGGAAAAGGCCGCAAAAGACGAGAGUGUGAAUUCUGAGCUUAGAAAAGAGCUAUUUGAGUUAAAACAGACCAUAUCUCAGUUGAUGUCUGAUAGAGAGCAAUUAAAAUCUGAUGUUGGCAGAGAAAUGAGAAGAGCAAAGCAGAUGGAAAGCGAAACACAUAUGCUGGAGAACCAACUUCGGCAGGACAUUGAUGUGCUGUCGAGCUCAGAGACCAAACUGAGACAACGUUGUAGUGAACUUGAGAGUCUGCUUGGGAGUGAGGCCGGUGAGAAAGAUGAAUAUGCCAUUAAAGUUAGAAGUCUGGAAACGAGAAUGAAAGCAGUGGAAAGCCAGUUAGCUCAAACUGAAGAUGAGAAAAUGGAUUUAGAACUGCAGUUGAGCAUGAUAUCAAAGGCCAUAAAAAAGUCAUUUGGAGUAAACAUACCUGGAAAUACUAAAAGGAUGAAUAAUGCUAAAUCAAGCAGCCCAGUGAAAGAAUGGCUUGAGAAGGAUGUAGAAUCUGGUUAUCAUGGUAUAUCAUAAUUUCAUAAUGAUUCCGAGGGAUCUUUGAAACAAUUGUUUUGAUUAAAUUGUUCUAAAAAUUUAUUUGUUUUCCACUUGA